AUGGCGCAGUUUUCAGAAAUUUUUGGAACCGGCAUACCAGUAACAGAGGUCAAUGACCAGAUUCGUGGCUGGUUAUCGCUGAAGUUUUCGCCCAUUAGUGCCGCGUUUUGCGGCGAGAGUCGCUCGGAGAUGGUUAGAACUAAACAAACCGCAAGGAAGACACUGCCUCAGUCUCAUGGGAAACUGAAGAAGCUGUUUGCGAAAAGGCAGCUUCGUUCGAGUGGUAAGGUGAAAAAAGAGGAAGUUUCGAAAAUUAAACAUCGCCGCUACAAAAUAGGUAAGGAAUACAAAGAUUAG